AUGGAAAGCCCACCGUCUGAUGGAUUCAAGCAAUUGUCCAUCUCUUCGUUUUAUCCUGUUCUGACACCCCGGAACAAACCGACGCAUUCUCAAUCACCUGUUCAUGGAGAAGAAGAGCAAAACUUUUUGCAACAAAAUGCUAUCUCGCAAAUAUCACGGUCUACAGACUUACCACAUACAGACUCGAAGGGGGAAUUGGCUCAAGCUCGAGACCCCAGGCCUCAGCGCUCGCCCGCUGAGAUGAACAGGAGAAUGAUAUUGUCGCAAGUCGCAAAAGAGACAAAAUCACUCCUUCCCGGCCUCUUGGACUCGAUGCCUCAUGCUCCUAAAGAUGGAUAUCUGAUCUCUAACCCGUCCACCCUGGGUUCGACCUUUUGCCCCAGAUUUAACAACACCACAGUAAAGGUUGUUAAUGGAGACUCGUUCGAUGUUGCCAUCAAUCUUGCCAAUAGCUCUCUAAUUUAUGGCACCCGAGAUGCUAAGCCUGUCUGUGUGCUCAAUAUGGCCAACCAGUGGAGAGCAGGAGGAGGCUGGCUUAAUGGAGCUAUUGCCCAAGAAGAAGAACUUUGUUACCGCAGCAGUCUGAGUUUCACACUUAAACUGCGGUAUUACCCUUUAGGAGAUUUCGAUGCUGUGUACUCGCCGACAGUUGUUGUAUUUCGUGAUAAUUUCCAAAGGGGGCAUAGACUGAUGGACAUAAAGAAGCCUGAUUAUCUUCCUGUCGUCAGCGUCGUCAGUGUGGCCGCAUUACAAGGACCAGAAUUGGACCUAAGUUUCACGCCACCCAGGUAUAAACACAAUACGGACCGAGACUUCAUGAAGAGCAAGAUGCGUGUCAUUCUCCGAGUGGCAGCGUACAAGAAGCACCGUCGGCUGGUAUUAGGCGCCUUUGGCUGCGGUGCCUUCUUUAACCCUAAGCACGAAGUAGCAGACUGCUGGGCGGAAGUGCUCAAGGAAAAGGAGUUCAAAGGAUGGUGGGAGCACAUUGUCUUUGCAGUCAUCGAUGACUCUGCUAGAGGAGCCGCAGCUGAAAAUGGAAACCUUAGCGUUUUCCAAAACAAGCUGGAUGGACUUCAAGUUUGA